AUGUUAUUGAUGCUAGCGCUGACUGUCCGAGUGGGUAUCGAGUACGGAAAAGUGCACUUCCUGGCUGAUAACUGUCGGGUGCUCGGUUGGCAAGUGGAUUGCAAUGCCGGCCGCGUUGGCGAUUGCUCGCCAUGCCUUUCUAUUCCUCCAGACAAGGCCCAACGCUACGCUGCAGCCAUCAAGGAAAUACUGGACAAUGGAGUUGUCAUUAAUGCGCCCAUGCCAUGGGCCCCAUGGCGUCCGCAUCUGGCCUCGCUGUUCGCCCAGAAAGCCGUUGCGGAGAAGCGCGAGUUGAGGACUCUUGGUGGGGGUGUGGAGGGCGAUCUACGCUUCUUCUACGGUGAACUAACAACCCCCUUGCCGCGGAUUCCUGCGAAGAAAAUACUAAUGAACACAGUACUCUUGGUUACCGAUGCCAGCAUAAUAGGUUUGGGUGGUUAUCUGAGGGUCAAGCAGGAAAUCUACUGGUUCAAUCUCAAUAAGAUGGAUGACCCUUGUUGGUGGAACAUGUUAUGCGAGGUCAGAGCAGGAGAAGAACCGUCACAGUCCCGGGAGGCUGUCUCUGGUGACAUCAGCUUCCUCGAAUUGUCGGCUAUAUGCGUGGGGGUACUGGUGGCGGAGGCCGUGCUAGACACUGAUCCUGACGACCAGACUGUAUUGAUUCACUCCUUCUGUGACAAUUCCUCGGCCGUGAGCACCAUCACCCGCUAG